CCAACACCCAGGUAAAGUAGGGAUGGAAUCCAAAUCGACAAACGAUAACUUUCCGGCGACGAUACCAAACCUUCGGAACAAAUUAAACACCUAAAAAUCGGACACAGAACGCCUUUUCCACACGCUUAAUAUGCAGAUAGACUUUGCUGUGAAAUAUCGAUAGUGAGAGGCGCAUUGGAUUUCGCUGUCUUUGCGUACAUGGCUUUUUGCAGUCAAUGACAAGUAAGCAAGAAUGGGCUCUGUUCAUAUUGUGAAUGAGACUAACUACAGGCACUUCUUAUCGCACCUAAGUAUGGAAUACCAUCUCGAAGACCCUUUUCAUAAUUCAUCUGACCCAAUGUAUCAUUACAACUUUGAUUUGGAAAAAUUCGUCGAAGAUAUGCGUGAAGAACUCAAAGGAUACAAGGAACCCUUGACAAUAGCGCUUAUAUUUCUCUACAGUAUUGUGUUCUUCUUGGGGCUUUUUGGAAACAUUUUUGUAAUAAUCACCGUUCUUCACUACAAACACAUGCGCACACUGACUAACGUUUUCUUGGUGAAUCUCGCCAUAAGUGAUUUACUUGUUGUUCUCUUUUGCAUUCCUAUCACCCUAGGGACCUCUGUUUACAGGGACUAUGUGUACGGCAUUGGAAUGUGUAAACUGACGUCAUUUCUACAAGGAAGUGCAAUCUGUGUAAGUUCCUUGAGCCUUCUCACAAUUAGCAUCAACCGAUUUAUCGCCAUCCACACACCACUGCGCGCCAAAAUUACGUUCUCAAAACGGCGCGUUUAUUUUAUAAUCCUUGUUAUUUGGUGCAUAUCUUUUGCUGUGUUUGCACCUCUGUUAGUGGUGAACAACAUUCGAAAUAUAGGAUUUCCACCAUUUUUUGACAAGCGAAUUUGCAAUGAGCAUUGGAACCCACCGAGUGGGAAACAUUUGUAUAACAUUGUAGUGUUCGUGUCCAUUUUCUUCAUACCAUUGUUAGCCAUGAUAUUAACGUAUACCAAAAUCAGCUUAGUUCUGUGGAGAACUCAAGACAAGGCAAUUACUCAGACAAAGAGAGUAAUUCUGCAGAGACGACGGACCGUUAAAUUGUUGAUAUGUGUUGUUGUCAUUUUCUGCGUUUGUUGGUUACCAUACAACGUCAUCUAUAUCUGGUUGGAAUUCAAUAUCAACACUGCAAGUGUGGUGAUUUCAGAAAAAGUGUAUCCCUUACUACAGUUAUUGGCCAUUUCUAAUUCCGCCAUUAACCCAAUUUGUUACUGCCUUAUGAGCAGUGGUUUUCAGAAAGCGUUUUUAAGAUUGUGUUGUAAGAGAAGACUUAACUCGAAACCGGAUGUUAUCUUAAUGGUGAAAUUCAAAGACGGAAGUUCCGAAAGUCAGGAAACUGAGCUCGGAACUCGGUUUACAAGACAGUCACUCACUGUUUGUUAGAGUAAUGGGGUACCUGUAUGUUGUAUAACUCAUGUUGACUCUGAACUUAAAUAAAAUCCACAAACCAGA